AUGACGACACAUAUUCUGAUAGAGACACCAAGACGCUGGUGUCGUCCUCAUGAUCAGCCGGCGCUGGGGGGAACGUCUAAGCCCGUCAUCUAUCGGCAAAACAGGUAUUUCAGGCCGAGGAGACGUCACAACUGUGGAAACGUCGACGCCGUUCGGAAUGCGAAGUACCCUCUGAGCUGUUCAUGUCCUCCGGACGGCUUCCUUGUCGCCGAGAUCUGCGAGCUCAUGUACCGUGAGGCAGCGUAUAUGCUGAACAAGAACAAGCCACGGUCCGCGCAAGCUAGAUCUCCCGAUGCCCGCCAUGCCAGGACAGCCGCGGCCGGAGCUGGCGAAGUCUGCCCCGGAUGCCGUCAGCGAGUGCCGGAUUUGAGGCGUCACAUGAAGCGAUGCUGCCCUGAGAAGUUGCCAGAACGAUCUGUGGACGAUCUUGAGGCCCGCCGCGCAACGCGCAAAGCCGCCAGCGAGGAGGACUGGAUCAGUGAGGAGGAGGUCCGGGACGCUGCAUUGAAGUCCUUCGGGGCCGUUCAGGACCCACUCCUUCGACGCUCUCUGGAGCUCCGGUUUGGGGCAGACAGAGGUGGGGUGCGCCGAACGCCGGCAGAGGUUGCCGAAGAGCUUGGUGGCAAGUACCGUGGUAAGCCGGAGGCUGCUGCAAAUGGAUCAGAGAAGCAGCUGAUUUUGGCUUUGCUCGAUGCACUUGCAUCUGGACACGACAAGGCAGCCAGUCUCCUCUUCGACUGGGGAGUUGCACCUGGCCUUGGGGCGGUCGCAGCAGACUCGCCGCAACCAGGCAGCGUGCACGUGUUGAUCUUGGGCUGGGGCGGCUCCAGCCAAGCUCAGCUGCAACCGGCACAGAAGUGGUGGCAAGGCAAGGGGUACCCGACCUUGGCGACGACUUUCUGCCCGAAGGAGUUGGAGAAGCAGAUCGAUGCCAUCAGUGCUUUCUUACCAUCCAAGUGCGAUGUCCUGGUGCACGUGUUCUCGAACAAUGGCGUUUAUCUGCUUCAGGAGUUGCUGCAGCAAACGCGAGAGAGUCGACCUUGGCGGCUCUCCGGCAUCAUUUUGGACUCUGCGCCGGAUGCCUGCGUCAGCCCGAUGUUGAUGAACAUGGUGGUGAACGGCUGCAUUCGUGCGCUUUGCAUGGUUCACGGCGUUUUCAUUCGGGAGCGUCCUGAAGCAGCUUUGACUGCCUUUCACGUCAUCGGCCCACUACGUGUUGGGGACCGCAUCCAGGACCAGGGCCCCAUUCCAUCGGUGGUGGAUCCAAGUGGAGCUGCACGUGGCUAUUUGGCGAACACGGAUCGAGGAGAUGCCAUGAACGCCAAGGUCAUGCAUACGGUCGUUGCCGACUAUGCCGGCAAGGCCUUGGAGGCAAAAGACGUGGAGGCCUUGCGCAAAUUCCAAGUCUCCAAGGUCGAGAUUGGAACAAUCUCAGAUUUUCUGCUGCAAGAGGACGUGCCAGUGCUGUUUCUUUAUUCCUCUACCGACAGCUUGAUCAAAGCAGCUGCAGUGGAAGACUUCAUGAAGAGAAGCACGCGUGAGGGGCAGACGAGCUCCAAAAAGUUUGCUGGAUCGCAACAUGUCCGCCACUUCCAGAAGCAUGCCGCCGCCUUGAACCUGGUCCGCACAGCCUUGCGGAGCAUUCCAUUGGUAGCAGACGACCCAAAGGAUUUGGUCGUGAUCUACGAGGAUGAGUCCCUGCUGGCGGUUUCGAAGCCGCCUUGCCUCCGGUGCACUCCUGUCCACAGGUUUGUGGGAAAGUCGCUCACGAGUCAGAUACUGGGCUACUUCCAGUCGAAGGGGGAAGGGCAGCAGGCCUCGGCACCGAUGAUGCUACAUCGCUUGGAUCAAACCACAAGCGGGAUCGUGUUGUGCGCCAAGACGAAGGCGGCUGCCAAAGCUUGUGCUGAGCAGUGGCACGAGGACGAUUGCAAGAAGGAGUAUUUGGCCAUCGCGCUCGCUGAUGAUGAAUGCUCUCUGCAUCAUGUCGGCGCCACAACGGUGGGCCGUCCAGUGGGGAUCCGUUUGGUUCCGCGGUCCGGCUACCUGCGGCCGUUGUCGUUGCCUCGCCGUGCCCCGCCACAACCGAGCAAUCUGCGAAAGGUCGAGGGGCGACCGCUCUGUGGCACAGCAGCGUUGGCACUGGCCAUCACGGCCCUGUCACGCAGUCAGCAGCGGCGUUUUCGGGCUGCCCUGCGAGUGGUGGACAUCGAGUCCUUGGAAGUGGUGGAUGUUCUUUGUGAGGAGGAAGGACCUGUGCAGAUUAGAAUGAGAUGGCCCAAAGGUGGCGACUCUCGGAAAUUUGACCGUCCUCGAGACCAGCUGCUGGAGAAGACUCUCAUGCGGAUGUCCCUGACGUUGCAGAAGGGGUCCAAUACGAAGGCCAGGCGACGUGGAUGGAGGCAGCGGAAGCAACACAAAGAGGUGGAACAGAAGAAGGUUGAAGCGCCGAAGAUGCCGAUAACCACAAGUCUGCUGACCAAUGAUGGUCAGCCGCUGGACGGGUCGCUGCAGCUGGAAGAGGCGUUUGCCGCGGAGACAAAAGCAGCAAUCCUGCUUGCAGGUGAGGAGAGCUAUCGCGUGCGCGUCAAUCGACCCAUGGCACGUCAUGUGACUUGCCGUGGAAGGCCGAGAGCAGGGCUUCGCCUUGCGGCCGUCGCAGAGGGCUGUUUCUGCGAUUCGCAGAAGCUUCGCUGGGAGUGGCGUGUUGGCGGCGAGCUGGUGAGCCGUGAGCAUUGCUACACACCAACUGAGGCGGAUGUCGGCCAGGCUUUGGAGGUCAUCGCACGGCCACCCUUGGCAGACGAUCCGAAGACGAGUCUCCUCCUGGGUGUGGAUGACUUGGAGGCGAGUGCCCAGCUGGAGCUGCCAGAGGUGCAGCCUCCGGCGGCUUUGCCAGGGCAGUGCGAUACGCGCAGCCAGGCGAUGGAUGCUCAGCUGCAGACAUGGCUGGAGAGCCAGGACAAAGCGCCGAACACUCUCCGUGUCGUGAGCUAUAAUGCACUCGCAGACUGCUACAGGCAUUGCUGGGACCAGAUGUUCCCGUAUUGCCAGCCCGAGACGCUGCGGCCGGAGCAGAGGUUGCAACUCAUUCGUCAGGAGGUCAGCACCUUCCGCGCAGACCUGCUGGGUAUGCAGGAAGUGGACGCAACCUGGUACAAGCCUGCCGUGGCCAUGCACGCCGAGAAACUGUCGCGCCAAAGAAGCAACAGCUUCGACGACGAGCAAGAUGGCGAGUGGUGGCCACCUCCUCUGACUGAGCAGGACGUGGCUUUGCGACAGCGCGCCAAGCGGUUGUUGGAGGCAAUCCGACGGAUUCCUCUGGUAUACUAUGACAUCAAAGCCUGGGAGAACGAACACGAGAAGGUCUUCUCCCUCUUCAGGAAAGGUUGCCUGGAUGCCGACAAGUCCGACAUGCUGGAAGCGCCGAUCUACAACAAUCAUCAGAUUGAGGAUGCCUGGCUUUUCCUGCUGGAGAUGAGGAGGCGGCACUUCAAUCGCAGAAAGCACGUGCAAGAGUGUGCGCGCAUCCUGGGCGCGUCCUACAACUGGUCUAUAGUGCUUUUGGGCUCCAAGAAGGUCUUAGAAGCUCUGAAGGAUCUGCCACAGGAAGUAUGCACAGAGAUCCUUGAAGAUGCCAAUGCCUUGGACCUGCUGAACACCCUCUACCCUUCUAGGCGUCGAUCGAAGCCUCGUCAGGCGGACUGGCUUGCUGGCAGCACACCCAGCAACUCCCCGUCGAAUGCUUGGAGCGGCGAUUCAGACAGCUUCUUUGGGAAGGACAGCACCUCUGGCAAGGUGGAAGACUCGCCAACCUGGGUCCAGGACACCUGGCCGGAGGUGAAGGCUAAUGGCCGGAACCCCAAGAACCCCUUCAAGCAGACAGCCUCUUGGCUCGUUCUUGGUUCACUUAGCUUCACAUUGCAUUCGGUUUGUAUUCGGUUUGUAUUCUGUUUGGGGUCGAUCGUCAUGGCUUAG